AGCUCCAGGGACCCGCCACCUGUCGCCGCCCCGGAGAUCCCCGCCAGCACCGGCCAGCGCCGGACCCGGAGCAGCGCCGCCGCCCGCCAGCGCCCCCACCCCGCGCCUCCGCCAGCCCACUCAGCGGCGGCUUUUCUUUCUUCCAAUUUUCUGUCCCUUCUCUCCGUUGGACUCUCCAGUUGCCUCUCCCCUUUCCCCACACCCGGGGCUCCUCUGCCCUGCCCCUUGCUUCUGGAGCUGGGGCAGCCGCGCUCCCACCUGCCGCCUGAGCCCUGCCCCCUGCCCGGGUGGAGGGGGACGCUGCCCCGCCGCCUCCAACUCCUGGAGAAAAAAGGUGGGAAUGCUUUAACCUCGAAAACAAUACUGUAACAUAAUAUGCAUUACAGUAUAUAGUAACUCUAUACAUUACAUGUGAAGAUUCGGAUAUAAGUAUAUGUGUAUGUGUGUAUGCACACACUCACACACGCAUGAAUGGAAAACGUUUUGAAGCAGAACCCUGAAACAUGCAUCUGGGACAACUGCCCUUGACGCUUUUGGUGCUUAUGCUUAGGGGCACCUCAGAAACCUGUAUUUCACGUCCUCAUAUUAAUGCCGUUGAAGGAGAACCUUUCUUUUUGAAAUAUUGCCCACUUUCUCCUGUGCAUGAACCAAGCACCACAAAAUGGUUCAAAACCAGUGAGUCAGAUGAAAAGGUUGAGCUACGCUCGAGCAGUUCACCCAGAAUUACUUUGCACGAUUAUGUCCUGGAGUUUUGGCCAGUUGAGCUGGAUGACAGUGGAUCUUACGUUUUCCAGAGGGGAAAUGACACUCAUGGUUGGAAACUGAAUGUCAUCACAAGAAGUAAACACAGCUGUUUUACUGAAAAACAAGUGACUAGUAAAACUGUGGAGGUUGGAAAGGCUUUGCAGGUAGACUGUAGCCAUAGUUACUAUCAAGACCUGGUCCACAGAACGGCACUGUAUAAGAACUGUGAAAAGAUAGAGAACAAUAAAAACCCAUCUUUAAAGAAGAAUGCAGAGUUUAAAGACCAGGGAUAUUACACCUGCAUGUUUUUCCUUCAUCACAAUGGAAAACUAUUUAAUGUCACCAGCACCUACAAUAUAACAAUAGUUGAAGAUCGCAGUACUAUAAUUCCAGCUAUUCUUGGACCAAAGAUUAACCAUGUUGAAGUGGAAUUAGGAACAGAUGUGCAGCUCAACUGCUCUGCUUGGCUGAAUGAAAAGGAUUACGUCUAUUGGAGCUUCCAUAGAAAAGAUGGGCAGGACCCAAAUGAGCAUGAAGGGGAGGAAAUAAAGAUCAGGACUUCAGAAGGCAAGUGGCAGGCUUCAAGAAUAUUGAGAAUUGAGAAUAUUAAUGAGAAAAAUCUAAACUUUUCAUAUAAUUGCACUGUGUCCAGCGACAAAGGCCCAGACACCAAACACUUCAUCUUAGUGACAAAAGGUCGGGGUGACAUCCCAGGCCAUAUCUUCACGAGGGGGAUGGUCACAGCUCUCGUGAUCUCAGGGGGAAUCGUGUGCCUAGUGAUUGCAGGCAUUCUUUAUAGAAUUGACUUGGCUCUAUUUUAUAGACAUUUCACGGGAAGAGAUGAAACAUUAACAGAUGGGAAGACAUACGACGCCUUUGUGUCCUACCUGAAGGGAUGCGGACCUGCGCACGGGGCGGAGCGCGCCUUCGCUGUGGAGGUCUUGCCCAGGGUGCUGGAGGAGCACUUUGGGUAUAAGCUAUGCAUAUUUGAGAGGGAUGUGGCACCUGGAGGAGCUGUUGUUGAUGAAAUCCAUUCACUGAUAGAGCAAAGCCGAAGACUGAUCAUUGUCCUAAGUACAAGCUACAUGCUUAACGAAGUGAGGUAUGAACUCGAGAGUGGACUCCAUGAAGCGCUGGUGGAAAGGAAAAUUAAAAUCAUCUUAAUUGAAUUUACACCCGUCAGUGACUUCACAUUCUUGCCCCAGUCACUACAGCUUCUGAAAUCUCACCGAGUUCUGAAGUGGAAGGCUGACAAAUCUCUCCCAUAUAACUCAAGGUUCUGGAAAAGCCUUCUUUACCUGAUGCCUGCAAAACCCGUCCAGCCACGCAGCGGGGAAUGCGAAGCCGAGCCCGUGCUGGCCCACGGGUCCUCCCCUUAGGGAACCGAGGGGGAGGGCUGCGAGCGCUGGGGGCUGAGGAAGGCGCCGCUCCCACCGCGGGCAGGGGUGGCUCCUCCAUUUCACUCCAAGGAAAUCCUGCUCCCAGUUCCCCAGGAAGCUUCACCGGCUGCCUGCCCGAAGGAGGCCCUGGGAGCAAGCUGCCCGAGGUCCCAGAAGACCCUGGGACCCACAGAAGGGGCUCUCCUGUCUCCUCCUCCACAGCUGGGCGUGCGGCUGGGGAUUAUGCAAACGCCGCAUGCCAUUCAAAAGGGCACUGUAAGAGUUCUGAAUGCGAACCAUGGAACUAAAGGAUUUUAAGUUUUUUACUGGCAUUUCUACGAGCCAGUAGGUGACAUUGGACGGGCACAGUGCCGACACUGGCACUCUCGCACAUGAGCCACCGCCUCUCAACAUGGGGACAUGGGGACAGUGCUGGGCGGGGAGCUGGCAUGGGGAGCCCCGGGGCAGGGCGAGGCUCAGCCGUGCUCCGUGUGGCCCUGCCACAGCUGCAGCCCCGGUUGUUGGAGCACAGCCGCGGCCCUGCGCUGGACAUGCUUAACUGGGCCUAUUUGUAGGAACUUCUUAAAGGCAACCCAAAACAACUUUGUAUCUUUCAGGAUAAACACGGGUUUUAAUUAAAAUAGUUCUCCUGAUCUUUCCAAAUUGGUCACAAACAUUUGUUGAUUCUACAUAAAUAUUUAUGUGCAGGAUGGGUGCCAGAUCAUAUUAGCCAUUAGGCAACAAAGAAUGGUAGUUACGUGCUUGAGUUUUCAAAAGGUUGCAUAUCAGAUGCCGGAAGGUGGGAGCAGCAUGACAUGGUGGUUUGGUGUGAGCUGUGCAGCCAGGAGGCGUGAGCUCAAGUCCUGGCUUUGCUGCUUACUUCUGUGAACCCUGGAGCCUUUCCUAGCAUCUGUGCCUCAGUUUGCUCAUCUGUAAAAUGAGAAUACAUGAGAACUAUACCUACUUCAGGGGCACUAAAUGAAUAAAGUCAGACAACAUUCUGUUAGUGUUGUUAUUACUAUUAUUGUUAUUAUUAUUGAUUAGUACUUAGAUCAAUUUCUUAAUCGUCAUUCAAAGAUAUGUUUUUAUUGACUGUUUUAGAGAGGGAGGAGGGAGAGAGAGAAACAUUGAUGUGAGGAACACCUAUUGGUGCCUCCUGUACAUGCCCUGACCAGGAAUAGAGCCCGAAGCCUGUGCUGUACAGGAUGGCACUCCCCAUGAGCCACCCAGUCAGGGCUAGGUCUGCGUUUUAGCUGUGGGGUCCACUGGGAGCCGAGAGCGGAGAGAAAGAGACUGGAAAGGCAGCUACCCUGGGCGACAGCUGUGCACACAGGGAAUGUAGAAAAGUACCGGGGGCCAAAGGUGGCUCUUCACUGCACAUGUGCA